CACUACUGGCUGUACCGUGGAGUGCGCCUGUGCGGCCGGCGCAUCCCGAUGGAGCGCAGUGGUGGUAUUGGAGCCGGAGGCGGGUCAGAAGGGGCUGCUCGGGGCCCUCCACCCGGGGGGAAAACGACCGAUUCGGGUGCUGUGAGGACUUCACAAUCCACCUACCGCUCUGCAGGCAUGGAUGGAUUUUUAAAAUCAGAUGAGAGACAAAGAUUAGCUAAAGAGAGGCGAGAAGAAAGAGAAAAAUGUCUGGCUGCCCGGGAACAGCAGAUCCUGGAAAAACAGAAAAGAGCUAAGCUUCAGUAUGAAAAACAAAUAGAGGAACGAUGGCGAAAAUUGGAGGAGCAGCGUCAGCGGGAGGACCAGAAGAGAGCUGCAGUGGAAGAGAAGAGGAAACAGAAGCUCCGAGAAGAAGAGGAGCGGCUGGAAGCAAUGAUGCGCCGUUCUUUGGAGCGCACACAACAGCUAGAGCUGAAGAAGAAGUAUUCAUGGGGAGCCUUACCUGCCUCGGGGCCUGGAGGACGUGAUGGUGAAUCAGAAAAUAUCCUACCCAAUCCUCUAGGUCUAGCAGUCAGCACCCUCCCUUCGGAUGCAGGGACCAGUGCCACCACUACCGAGUUCACCAAUGCAUGUGACAAACUUUCAACAUCAACCAUGAAUUUGCCAAAGCCAAUGGAGCCUCCUAUGAGUAAACGCCUAUCUUCAUCUACUGUGAAAAUAUCUUAUUCACCAGACCAAGCUCUUGGAAGCCCUCUCAAAUCUCCAUACGUGUCUUCUCCCACCCGGACCACUGAAAGGAAGAAAGCUACAGCUACUGCUACAUCUACAUCUGGCCUAGGAGAGGUUGGGAAAGGAGCCCUGGCAAGAGCAGAACCCUCUCUGAUGGAAAAGGUGAAGAGAGGACAGCGAGUUGAAGCUUCCAAUUCCACCAUGCUCCCUGGAUCCCCACUGAGAAGAUGUGAGAUUCCUGGAGGUAUUCCAAAGAGGUCAUCUUCUCCUGUGUUAUCCAAGACAAUGUCAAAAGCAUAUCCACAGUCUCCAAAGACAGGGAAGUCACAGUUCAUAGGGUCUCCAGUGAAGUAUCGCUUUCCCCCCAUUCCUAAUGAAGAAGCACUCAGGAAGAAAGAGAAAGAGAAGAGCAAUAAGGAAAGGGAAGAUGCCUCAGAUCAUCAGUUCACUGGCCUACACAAAGAUGAAACCUUAGAGAAGCACAUAGCUGACAAGCAAACGACUGAGAAGUAUGUUACAGAUAAGCAAGCCAGUGAGAAGCAAGUGGCUGACAAGCAUGCCAGAAAGAAGCACAUGGCAGACAAACAGGCCACAGAGAAAAACAACACAAAUGAGAAGUAUGUAGUAGAAAAGCAAGCCACUGAGAAGUAUACAACCCAAAAGUAUGUGGCUGACAAACAGGCCACUGAGAAGUAUACAGCUGACAAGCAUGUGGUAGACAAACAUGCCACAGAGAAGCACACCGUUGAGAGGCACAUGGCUGACAGACAUACUGCCACUGGGGUGAAGGCUGAGAGCAGUGCAGCCUUAGGGAAGCCCACAGCAGGCACGACUGAUGCAGGAGAGGCUGCAAAAAUCCUGGCUGAAAAGAGGCGCCAGGCUCGGCUGCAAAAGGAACAGGAGGAGCAAGAACGACUGGAUAAGGAAGAACAAGAAAGACUGGAGAGAGAGGAAUUGAACAGAAAGGCAGAGGAGGAAAGACCGCACCUAGAAGAAGCUUGUACGCAAGAGGAAAAGCAGCAACAGGAAAAGGAAGAGAAAAUAAAGGCAAAAGAGGAGGCAAAAUGGAAGGCUGAAGAGGAGUUGCUGCUGAAAGAGAAACAAGAAAAAGAAAAGCAAGAAAAAAUCAUGAUUGAAAAGCAGAAAGAAGCAGCAGAAGCAAAAGCACAGGAGGCAGCUAAACAGAUGCGUCUAGAAAGAGAACAGAUCAUGCUGCAGAUUGAGCAGGAGCGAUUGGAGAGGAAGAAGAGAAUAGAUGAAAUCAUGAAGAGAACAAGGAAGAGUGAUGUGUCUCCAGAAGUGAAGAAAGAAGAACCCAAAGUGGAGACUCAGCCUGCUGGCUGUGUAGAAAAUAAGACAAAAUCAGUUAUCUCCAACAAAAUAGAAAUCAAUGGAUUGAAUACCUGCCAGGAAGCAAAUGGUGUGGGGCAUGGUAUUCCAGAAACCUUUCCCCCAGACAUUUUCUCUAAUGGGCUUAAACCAGUUGCGGGACUUGUUCAUCUGGAUGUUCUUGAUGGUAAAUCAAAUAGUCUGGAUGAUUCAACUGAAGAAGUUCAGUCUAUGGAUGUGAGUCCUGUUUCCAAAGAAGAGCUCAUCUCCAUCCCAGAAUUUUCACCCGUGAGUGAAAUGAUCCCUGGGCUAUCUCUAGACCAAAAUGGAACUGGUAAUGCCCGAGCGCUUCAAGAUAUCUUAGAUUUCACUGGUCCUCCUAUGUUUCCCAAGAAAUCCAGUGAAAACCUCAGCCUGGAUGAUUGUAACAAAAACCUCAUCGAAGGAUUUAACAGUCCUGGACAAGAAACCACUUUGAACACUUUCUGUUGACAGAGACAACAUCCCUUUAAUGAAAGGUGGUGUUUGGAGCACCUUUGAACCUGCCAGUAUUCAAAUCUGAGCUACUAGCCACCUGAAGAAGCUUCUGUUGCCCUUAACUACUGGAUUCCAAAUUAUUAUAUCUGAGUGUAACUGUCUUCCUAUGUAGUUUGCCAAACACUGGCCUCUCUUGGUAGAAACCUUGAGACUUUUGCAUUGUUGGGCUUUAGCAAAGUUUCAUUUUAUGGUUCUAUUUCUGAGCUUCACCUGCUGCUUAAAGGGCUUCCUGUUCUUCUCCAUUAUCUUAGUGAUCCUAUAAAUAACCUGAGUGAUGCUGGCCGGGAAUUUCCCUGUAGGACCAUUCUCAUUUCCAAAGUUGGAGCACAUAGACAUUUAGAUGUCUCUUCCUAUAAAAUCUAUUUACCCAAACUCUACUUGAACAUGUACUUGUAUCUUUCUGACUCUUUUUGGAGAAGAUAUGUAUCUUUUUUCUCUCUCACUGGGGUUUCUCUGUUGGAAAAUACUAUCAAACCGUCUUAUUGUUAUUGAGCUUUGCCACCUGCAAAUGCUUUGGUCAUCUUGACCCUUUUGGAAUUAAAGAAAUUUUGUUGAAUGGGGAAGAAUUAAAAAAUAGUAAUGACUUUUUUCCUCAUACAUAUUCUUGUGUAUAUGGACAACUUUUCAUGAGUCUAGCAAAGAACCUUUCAUGUCACAUCUUCAUAUCUCCAAACUGUAGUCACUCCAAACCAUUGAGUGGCUUUUCCAACUGAGUGAAUUGAGAGCUUCAUGCAAGUGGUUGGUUUUAAUGUUGUUACUAUUGGUUUUCUGAUGGAUCUUGGGACUUCCUGUCUCUCUGUUCCUAUGUUUACCCAACUAUAAUAAAAACAGAUAGAAAAUGUCACAGUAAUUUGAACAAAGGGGACCCCAAAUUGGUCCCAGUAUGUCACUUUAAUAGACUUUAACACUAAAAACUCUGAAUGAGGAAAAAUGACACUAGAAUACAUACAUACAUACAUACAUACAUACAUACAUACAUACAUAUAUAUAUAUAUAUAUCUCCAUACAUUUUAUGCCACAUAAUGAAUGCUAUAUUUUUAAAAUUUCAUUUUUUGUGGUGAAAUAUGUCUUUCAAAAUAUAAUUGGCUUGUUUUGAAACUUUUUUGUUUUGAGUUGUACUUUAAAGGGUUUGGAAAGAUACAUAAUUCUGAGAGAAGUUUGCAACCAGGAUUUAUAAAGAAGUCUCAAUCAUAAUCGUAUUCCUGUGCUUUUAAAGUCAGCUAAAGUUUAAAAAUUUAUUAAUCUUGGAAAAUGUAUGUUUUGUGUAUAUAUUAAAUAAAUAUCUCUAAGAAUGCUAUGCUAUUUAUCUUGGUGAAUCUCAAAGGGUAUAUCUCUUCUAUGGCAAGCACACAGAAAAUGAUAGCAUGAUCUGACUUCCAAAAAUGCCUGGCCAUCUUUCUUAUAGCUUUAUUUUGCUAGGUAUAUCUGUUUUGUUAUGAUCCAUUGUACCUCACAGCACCAUUUUGACCAUGGUGAUGCCUCGCCUGCAUGAUGUGUACAUUCUGUUUAAUGUGAAAUACAUUUUUGUUGAAGAGUC